AUGCAUGUCGUGGAACCAGACCGGUUUCCUGUGUCCCCAACCGCCGUAUACAAGCCAAAUCCGCAUUCUCUGGCCGAAGCUUUGGCCUUUGAAUCCUCCCUAGGCAUCGAAAAUGUGGUUUUUGUGCAGCCUUCAGUUUACGGAACGGACAACUCAUGUCUAUUAGAUGCCCUACAGAAAACAGGCCCGUCUCGCGGCCGAGGCGUGGUGGUUGUCGAUCCUUCCACCGUCCAACGUGAUACGGUGGAACUGUGGCAUUCUCUGGGGGUACGCGGACUGAGAAUCAACCUCAAGUCCGUAGGAAAAGUGAUGGAUAAGGCUGAGCUGGAAGAGACAUUGCUCCAACAUGCUGAGAUUGCCCGGCCACAUAACUGGAUCAUCGAAGUUUAUCUCCCCCUCAAGAUGGUCUCAAUGAUCGAAUCGAUUCUCCCUCGACUAGGUGUGCGGAUCUGCAUCGAUCAUUUUGGCAGCCCGGAGCUUUUGUCAUGGGGUCAAGAUACUUCGUCAUUCAACCCCUACGCCCUUGAGGGAUUUUCGUCAUUGAUCUCGCUCUUACGUGGCGGGAGGACAUAUGUCAAGGUAUCAGCUCCUUAUAGGCUCAGUCAAGAUCAUGAAAUGCGCGAUCUUCAGAGUAUGGCGCGAGAGUUUUUGUCUGUUGCACCGGACCGGGUCAUCUAUGCCACAGAUUGGCCACACACUCGUUUUUCUGGAGUUGAUAUCAACCCAUUCACCGAGUGUUGCUUGAACCUUUGUGCAACCACGCCGGGGUUAGCGGAUCGGCUAUUUCGCAGGAAUACCGAGGAGAUGCUUGGGGUAAUCUCCGAUUGA